AUUUUAAGAUGCGUAAUAACAACAAACGAAGCGUUAGCGUUAUUAACGCCUCAGAUAACAUUGCUUUAAAAAGGGACAGUCAGUAGGUUGGUCUAGCUUUUUAGGCCAUCAGAAAGGCCAGACUAGCUGACGUUAGCUAGCGAGGGAGCAGUGGCAAAGGCUGCUCGAUUGCCAACCGGUGUCAUACGUAUCCGGUGUAUUAUAGUACGGCUUGUAAUGGUAAUCACUCCGGUAUGGGGACUGGCCGUGGAUACGUGAACCUGGACUGGACCAUAUUCCAAGUGUUUGUUCUUCUUGCCUUUGCCUACAGUAGAAGGUGUGGUGACUGUUGUGGGCUGUGGACGUUUCUUCCUCAUCAGUGAUUCCAUAUGCUUGAUAGAAGCUGCACCCUGUGUCUUGCAGGAUGGAUGGUGGGGACUUAAGGAGACUUGCGUAUCAACAUCAGCACUCUGUUCUGCUGUGGUGUUCAUUCUUUUACAGUUUACAAGAGAACACCUUCUAUUCUACACCUCCAAUCUCUGCACUAUAUAUAUCUAUAAAAAAAGACUGUCUUUAAGCAGUAAAAAGAGACAGCUGAAGGUAGAAGUUCUUAGACUUUUUUUCUUUUCAAACACAGAUCAAUACUGCUUACAUAAGCCUAUAUGAUUGACAUGGAGGCUUACUUGUUUUAAUUAGUUAUUGCACACCCUUACUCUUAGUGUGGGUGGUGGGAUGUCGGAAAAGCCAGACAACAAAAUGGUGAAGUUCCUGGCUCCCCCUCAAAAGAGUGGAAAUGGCCCCAGUUCUGGUUCAGAUUCGAUGGUGAGUGAGUGCCGGCCAACAGAGGUGAGACGCCGGCAUCACACCAUGGAGCGGGAUCGAUGUAACCCGGAACACCGUUUCUUGCGCCGCAGUGUCAUUAGUGAUUCCAAUGCUACUGCAUUGGCCCUCCCUUUACCCAGCAAGAUCCCGAUCCCCACACCUCAACGGGUUCACCUUCGAGAAGCUGCCCCCGAACGGCAAUUGGUUUCUGCUACUGGUCAUCUGCAGCAGGCUGAACCAAUUUUAGCUCAAAAUGCGGAGUCUGAUAGUGGAGUAUUAGAAGGAAAAGGACUAGCUAAGGUGGACGUAGUGCCUUCAGAACAGGAGCCCGCCAUUGUACAAGACACCUAUGAUGGAGAGGUGAUGUUAGCAGCCCGCUCCGCAACAGGCUUAGAAACAGAAUUGCCAAGUCAUACAGAACCUGAAAGCACCACUGAGGUGAAGGUACAUCAUGAAGAAGAGGGGGAGGAAGAAGAUAAGGACUCUGCCAAGGCACGAGCAGAGGCAGAGCAGAGAGAAGCUGAGAAAAAGGUGCAGGACGAUAUUGAAGAGGCAGAGACCAAAGCAGUGGGAACAUCACCAGAUGGGCGAUUCCUAAAGUUUGAUAUAGAAAUUGGACGUGGCUCCUUCAAGACUGUGUACAAGGGCUUGGACACUGAGACCACAGUGGAGGUGGCUUGGUGUGAGCUCCAGGAUCGUAAGCUUUCAAAGACAGAGAGGCAGCGCUUUAAGGAGGAAGCAGGAAUGUUAAAGGGACUACAGCAUCCCAACAUUGUCCGCUUUUACGACUCCUGGGAAGGACCCUCCAAAGGCAGGAAGUGCAUUGUAUUGGUCACUGAACUCAUGACUUCUGGCACACUCAAAACAUAUCUGAAGCGGUUCAAGGUGAUGAAAAUUAAAGUGCUGCGGAGCUGGUGUAGACAAAUCCUCAAAGGGCUCCACUUCCUUCAUACUCGGGCUCCCCCCAUCAUCCACAGGGACCUUAAGUGCGACAAUAUUUUCAUCACAGGCCCAACAGGAUCCGUCAAGAUUGGAGACCUGGGACUGGCCACGCUCAAGCGUGCAUCAUUUGCCAAGAGUGUUAUAGGUACCCCUGAGUUCAUGGCGCCUGAGAUGUAUGAAGAGAAGUACGACGAGUCAGUGGAUGUGUAUGCCUUUGGAAUGUGCAUGCUGGAGAUGGCCACCUCAGAGUACCCUUACUCAGAGUGCCAGAACGCUGCACAGAUCUACCGCAGAGUUACCAGCGGGGUGAAGCCGGGCAGCUUCGACAAGGUGGCCAUUCCUGAAGUGAAGGAGAUCAUCGAGGGAUGCAUUCGCCAGAACAAGGAUGAGAGGUACUCAAUCAAGGACCUUCUGAACCAUGCCUUCUUCCAGGAGGACACAGGGGUGCGUGUGGAGUUGGCGGAAGAAGAUGAUGGAGAGAUGGAGUAUAUUAAGCUGUGGCUGAGAAUUGAGGAUGUGAAGAAACUAAAGGGGAAAUACAAAGACAACGAAGCAAUUGAGUUUUCUUUUGACCUCAACAAAGACGUCCCAGAGGAUGUGGCUCAGGAAAUGGUCGAGUCGGGUUAUGUAUGCGAAGGUGACCACAAGACCAUCGCGAAGGCCAUAAAGGACAGGGUGUCUCUAAUCAGCCGCAAGAGAGCACAACGGCAGCAGGUCAGAGAAAAUCAGGAAAAGAGAAGGCUAGAAGAAGAACAACAGCAGAGUCAGUUACCUCCAGCACAGCAACCAGGCCAACCGUCAAGCACGGAGGUGCCUCAGGUACAGCCAGCGCCACAGCCUGUUGCUUAUGUCCUUCCACAACCAAACCAACACAGCACACAGAUGUCUGCCCAAUCUGCAUCUCAGCAGAGCCUUCAGAGUUCUAACUAUAACACUCCUCAAUCAACCCAACUGACCAGCAUGGCACAGGGUGUCCCUUAUAUCCCCCAGUCAACCGGGCAAGUCCCAGUACAGGGUCAGAGUGUGGCCACCAUCCAGCUAGAGUCCGAGGAGCCUGAGACUGACCAACACCAACAACUACAGCACACUGGAGGAGCCACUCACAUUGGAGACCGACUACCUUGUUCCACCAUCCCUCCUGAGGUCCAGCCUCCUCAGUCCGGAAUAUCCUACAGCUCUCCUCCCAGUCAUCACCUUCAGACCCAAGUGUCACUCCCACAGACACAAAAUGACCACACGCAACAGCAGUUGUCAGUGGUUCAAUCCCAGAUGCAAGGUGUCCAACCUGAAGUUGUUCCUGUUGCGCCAAGCAGCCAGUCUGUUCCAGUGGCAACUCCACAGUACGGAGUUUACUACCAACCAUCGCCUCCCCCUCAGAUUCCCACCCAGCAAGUUUUGAUACCUCCAUCCUCUCAGUCAUCUCCCUCCCAACAGCAGCAACAGUCAGAGAGCAGCACUACUCUUCAGAGCUCCACUCUACCGCAGGCACAGACUGGAGUUCAGCAGCUACAGUCUUGGGCCAAUGAUCCAAGUCCUCCUAUCCUGUCACCUCCACUCAAUGCAGAGCACCUAUACUUCCUUUAUCAGGCCUCAUGCUUCUCUAUUCUGCAGGCCCCUGCAAACGUUCCUCAGUCCGCACCAGCAGAGCAGCCGGGAUCCUCUGCUCUGGUGCCACCAUCUGUAGACAGUUGCCUGUCAGAUGCUGCUUCAGGUCUUAGUGACGGCAAUGAAGGCAGUUCUACAUCAGGAGGUCGCCAUGAGGGACGCUCACUGAAACGUCACCAGCGGCGAUCUGUACGCAGCCGCUCCCGCCAUGAGAAAACGACAAAGGCCAAGCUAAAUGUUCUGAGUAUCUCUAAUGUGGGAGACCGAGUAGCAGAGUGUCAGCUGGAGACACACAACAGGAAGAUGGUGACCUUCAAGUUUGACCUUGAUGGUGAUAAUCCGGAGGAGAUUGCACAGAUCAUGGUUGAGAGUGUAUUCAUCUUAGAGAAUGAGCGGGAGUCCUUCAUCGAGCAGGUCCGUGAAGUCAUAGAAAUGGCUGAUGAAAAAAGAGAAGGCAUGAAGGAAGGUUUUUCCCAGAUGAGUGAUCACCAACAACAGCCUGUGCUGUCUGUUCCCAUGCUGCCAGGCAUUUCCCCCAGCACUACAUCUCAGGUGGUGCAUUCAGCAGGACGGAGGUUUAUAGUCAGCCCAGUACCAGAGUCUCGUCUUAAAGAACAGUUCUUUGGCACUUCUUCUGCCAAUACCUCCUUUGGCGAUGAACCUGCUCCCUCUAUACCAUUGGGUCUUUCUCUGUCUGCUCCAUCUGGGACUCUCCAGCAGGCAUUCAGUAAAAUGAAGCAGGACCGUGUAGAGAGAUGCAGCACCCUUGAUCUCCCUGGUGCUGAUUUAGAAGCAGGCACUGCCCUGGCCACUGAAGCUGGACUCGCCCCAAACUCUAAAAAUAUCCUGGCUCCUCCAGAAGCUGUAGCUUCUGCUGCUAGUACUACUUUUCCUGGCUUGCCUCUCACAUCUACUGCAACAUCCUCACCACCUCCCUCAACUGGGAGAGUUUCCCCUACACCCAUAUCCACUCAGUCCCAAACUCCAGUUCCUGUCACCAGUGAUCCCAGUCCUCCACCUCCGUCAUCCCAUGAACCAGCCCCGUCACAGCUUCCACCAGCUGCCAACACCCCACCUACAUCGUCCACCAUUUGUCCUUCAUCAGUGCAGACCUCCGUCCCCGCAGUGCCUGGGCCUCAACUGAGCAGUAGUUCUGCCUCUGUCUCUCCUGUUGCUAGUGUUGCAUCCAGUAGUACUGGCACUGCCCCUGCUCCAGAGCAGCCACCUUUUAAUAGUGUUGUUUCGUCCUCUCAGCCUGUGAAUUUGUCCACCCAUGCACCACAGCAAACAACCUCCCAGGCUCAGCCUGUCACUAUUCCUGCUCAGCCCCCUCCUCUCACCACGGUACCCAGUCAGAGCCAGGUCCAGCCACAGCCGGUGGAGUCUGAGGGUGCUGAGCUCCAGAACAAGACUGCCGGCAGAGAUGACAUCCAGGCUCUAGAUAAGAAGCUACGGUCCCUCUUUAAAGAUCAGAGCUCUGCGUCAGUUGAUCAGAACACAGGCACCUCCUCUCCUCCCACUGGGACAACUUCUCCUCCACCUGGAGCUUCCCUGGUGCCCCCAUCUAACCUUCCCCUCACCUCUGGGGUGCAGGGUGUCCUGGGUCCCACAACCACCCCAGGACAGGGUAUUACCUCAACAGGACAGACGCCCCCAACUAAGCCCAGGGCACAGACUUUACCCACUGGUUUUGAUCAAGCUGCUACACCCCCAUCUGAACUUUUACCCCCUUUUCCUGGACCAAAUCAGUCACAGAAACCCCUGGGUAAUUUGGACGCCCAGUUAAGGAGAGCUCUGAGCCCUGAGACUGUUCAGGAAGGUAACAGAGUCCUGCCUCCAGCAGCUGGUUUCACUCGGGGACGUUUCCAAGUGUCUGUUUCUACCGAUGGUGUGACCAGCCGCAUUCCAGAUCCCUCAAGCAUUGUUUCCUCUUCUUCCCCUGUGUCAUCCUCUACCUCCCCUUCUACAUCUUCCUCUUCCUCAAGUCCAGAAAAUACCCUCCACCGGUCAUCCUCUUUGGCCAAAGGAGUUUGUGAAGCUGACUCAAUAAAUGAAGCCUCCUCCCUCUCUGCUGGUCCUGCCAGUCAGCCCACCACUAUUGGGCGCUUUCAAGUCUCCAAAAGCACAAAUGCCACACCUGGGCCAAGCACUGGCUCUAAAGUGGGACGUUUUUCUGUCACAGUGACCCCAGCUCCAGCAGCAGGCUCCAGUCCAUCACAUGUUUCCAGUAUGCAGAAUGGCCCCUCAUCCUCAACUUCUGAUCCUCAUACCGCACACACCCAUUACAGUAGUGAUAACAACGACGACUCUGAGACUGAGGACGAAGCUUUGCAAAAAGAAAUUAGCCGUCUCAGGGAAAAACAUAUGAUGGAGAUCCAGAUAUUGCAGACUCGUCAGAAAGAGGAGAUAGAGGCCCUGUUCACGCGGAUGGGAAAACCUCCUCCUCCUUCUGUCUUCUCACCUGCUGUGGCAAUGGCUGGAGGUCGACGAAGGCUUAAAAGCAAAACCUCCAAAUCUGUUCGCAGUAGUGGAAAGCCCAUUCCCAUACACUUAGGAUCUCUUGCCCCAGCUCAGAGUCUUCAUUGUUCAGAGUCCCCUCCAAAGCAAAGUUCACCCUCAACAUCAGAGGCCUCAGAAACAGCAACAGAGGCAUCACAAGUUAACCGGUCAUCCAUGAAGCAGCUUAGAUCCUCUCCAUCCAUGCCCAGCCUCAGUAGUUGCUCCACAGCAGGAUCAAGUGGGACCAGCUCCACUAAUGGUUCAGGCCACAUCCAGAACCACUCUACUCCUCUGAGCCAGCCGACUGGACCCAGUCCUCCUUCCUCUCACACCCAGAAGGGCAAGGGUACCUUCACGGAUGACCUGCACCAACUGGUGGAUAACUGGGCCAGGGACAUCAGCCUUUCCCAAUGCAAGAAAGGUCAAAAAACUGGGUCACCAGCACCUCUGGGACUUGAUAUUAUCCCUCCAGCCAACAUGGGCCGUAAAUUCUCAGCUCCAGGCUACCUCUGUCCAACACUUCCCACGCCUUCCACUACCACGUCCACCACAUCCACUCACCUACCCAACCCAGCAAAUCCCUCUGUCCCUUUGGGGCCUCGUAAAGGCUCUCUGGGACCAGCUGCACCCGGGUUUGGAUACACCUCAGCCCCAUAUAGCGCUCCUCAGUGGGCAGGACCCACAGGCACAUGCCAGGUCAGCAUGCUUAACCCCACACAGCCAUUAACGCAGUACCAGCCGCCUACGACAGCCUCAGUGUCCCUGCACCAAGGCUACCACAUGGGAACCACAGCAGCCCCCCAGAAUUCAGUUAGCCCUGGAGGGUCCAACCUAAGGCCUACGUAGCCCAGUGUAGCCCUGGUCCAGGCUGAGAUAGAGGGCCACACAGGGCAGACAGUCAUCAAACGAGAACCAAUAGCUCUAUUUGCAGUUGGCUGGUUAGCUGGUUUUUAUUUCAACUUUUAUUAUGUUUUUUUUUUCUGUAAUAGAGUUGACCUGUGUGGUUCAAGUCCUCUCAGGCAGAACGAAAUCUGUCUGGCAAUUGGAGGGAGAGUGCAAUACACAUCCACAGCACAAGAGUUGUGCUCUUAGCCUGCUAUCAGCUGUGGAAAUUGAGCUGUGAUGAGUUUGGUUGUGUCUGGUAAUGUAAUUACCCAAGCGCAUAACCAACAGCAGCCAAAGAUGUCUAUUCUUUUGAAGAGGAGAAAGUAGGAUGAAUCCUGGUUCACAUCCUUACUGGUCCUGACUUGAAGAUGAGCUGGGAUUGAAAACGGUUGAACUAAUACACCACCUAGACACAAAUGUGUGCACACAAACACACACAGACACACACACACACACACCCCUACACCCCUACCUGACUGAAAAUUAACCUGGUUGAGGGACUUGGGAUAGUAGGUUAAGUUGUCUCAGAGAGCGAUAGACGGACUGUACAGAAAGUGGGAGAUAAGAGUGGAAGAGAUGGUUUGUCCCAGAUGAAAUAGCAAAGUGACUGGUUGAGUUGGGAGCAGAAAGAAUAGUAAGUUAGGCAGGAAUGUAAUGGAAAGGGUGUCCGUAUGAAUAUAUCCCUAAUGGCUACCUAUUAAGUAAAAUGCAAUAAUGGCAAAGAGUAGAUAAAACUGUCCCUUGUAACUGUGGCCUUAAUCCCAAAACACAUUUAAACAUUGACUUUGUACAUAGAUAUUUCUUCACUGGUUUAUGAUUCCAUGUUAAGCAUAUUUAUGUCCCUGUGAGUCUGGUGACAUUGUGAUUUGAGUUGUUCAUCCAUACAGAUUUAUUAUACAGAUUUAUUCUUCUUAUUCCUCUGAUGUAUAAGCCAGUGGAUCUGCCACACAAAAACAAAAAACAUUGUCCUGGUGUUGACCACCAUUUGCAGUGUGAAACUUAAGAGGUGAUGCUGCUGUAAAAUCACAAUCUGGUUGAGGGUGUAGAAUUAUUAUUAUUUUUUACUAUUUUUUUUUUUGUUAACGCAAGAAUGAAAUAGGGGAUCCCAAAUUGACACAUGACGCAAACUUAGUGCUGAUAAAAGCAGUUCAAAAUAUGCUUAUCAUAUCAUAGAACAAGAAAUAAUUUUGGUAUAUUGCAAUAGUAUUUGUUGAAGGAUUCCAUCUCUGAGGGGAUGCAGCAUCCCCACUUCUACCAGUAGUAUACACAUGUGGUGUACAGUAUACAGAUGAACAGGUUGUCAACACAUUAAAUAACACUUAGCCGUCAUCUUUCAAAUCACAAGUGUCUGGGGUUCUCUCUUUCUGUGGUCAGUUUUUGUAUGCGUAUAUUUAAUAAAACAAAUGUUCUUUAUGGACCUGUAUCAGCCAUCAAAUUUUGAUGUUUCACUGUAAUUAUUAUUAAAGGUUGUUAAACAACAUGUAGUUAAAGGAAUAUAAAAAAAGUGCAAUUGCAGGGUUGUUGUUGGUAUCCUAUUCAUUAAGCAGGAGUAAUCCUGUGGUGUAUUAAGCUCUUCUCUAUGACUGCCCUGCCCCCCCACCCCCACCCUUUUUUUCUAUUUUAUUGUAUUUAUGUUAAUGUGAGGUAAAUGCUUUCACAUAAUGCUCCUUCACUAGAGUAUGCUUGUGGUGACCCACCCAAAUGCUCUCUGAACUGUAAACAUGAGGAACACUUUAGUGCCUUGCAGCUUCACUAUUGACAGGUUCCAGAUUCAUCUAGUCCUGUAGCUGUGACUUCACUGCAGAAAACUAAACCUGUACAUGACGUAAACACACAACAGGUGGCUCCAUAACUGCCAGAGGAUGUAAUUCUCUGAAACAUUAAACAAGACGGCACACAGGACUGCAGAACAAAGAGCACACUGAGUAAUGUUGAAGUGUUUCGGUUCUCUUUACAGUUCCAUUUGUGUUGGUUGUGUAAUCAGCUGUGUAUUUAUAUUUGGCUCAAGCGUACAUGGUUUUUGGCUGACAUUUGUUUUUGUGGAUUUAUCAUUAAACCGUUUCAUAGAUGCUCUUGUUCAGGCAGCAAGUGAGUUGUUUAAAGGUUGUCAUGCUGAUUCAACUUAUGUCUCACCACCACCUCACACGAGUGCCAUGCUGUCAUUGUGACCCUUUUGCCUGCUCGUAGAUUGGAUGAAUAGUUAAACUUCUCUAGAGAAAAAAAACAAAGUUACUGCAAUGCAGAAUAUGCAAUGUUUAAAGGGGACUGUGGGGUAAUGGAAACAUUUGCAUGCUGAUGAGGGUUGUUACUGACUUCAAUGUUUUUGAUAUUGGAAUAAAAGUAUUUUUUUUUUUAUUCUUUGCCUUUCUGAGAGUAUUCA